UACGCGUCCAAGAUGGCGGCGCCCAGUUCUGGGCAGUUGAGCGGGUUCCCGUUUCCUGCGGGAUCUGGCGCUGAGACCGGGGCUGACCGAGGGGGAGCGGGGGAGAAGGUGAAGAAACCAUGCCGGGCCUGUGUCGACUUCAAGUCGUGGAUCCGCGAACAGAAGAAACAGAACGUUACAGAAGACCUGGAUAAAGAACGUCCUAUUGAAUGCCCUUUAGACCGUGAGGAACUCGGGAGGAGUACUUGGUCUUUUCUACAUACAAUGGCGGCAUAUUACCCAGACAAGCCCACCAAUAAUCAAGAAGAAGACAUGAAGCAGUUCAUUUCUUUGUUCUCAAAAUUCUUUCCAUGUGAGGAAUGUGCCGAAGACUUGAGACACAGACUGAAGACAAUGCCUCCAGACACCAGCAACAGAUACAAACUUUCGCAGUGGAUGUGCCUUCUCCAUAAUGACAUUAGCAAACGAAUAGGAAAACCAGAAUUUGACUGCUCCAAGGUGGAUGAGCGAUGGAGGGAUGGAUGGAAAGAUGGUUCAUGUGAUUGAUUUUCAAAAGUUCUCAUUUUAUUUUGACUCUGACCUACUUGAUAUUUUUCUCCCUGAUCUUGAAAACAUGCUGUUUACUCGGUUCGAUUCUGUUGAAAUUACAGAAUAUGUUACCUUAAUUUUCCCCACUUAUUUCUACAUUCUUGCCUCACUAGUCUCAAAUUACCCAGAUGAUCGCUCAACGUGCUCCCUGAUCUGGAAACAUGGGAGACCAGUAAUGGAAUAAUUUCACUUUAAAUAUUUGCUGUUAUCUCUUUAUCCUCUAGGGGGUGCAGUUGCUUCAGGAUAGUGAUUUGUUUCUGUGGGAAAGUCUUGCUUCCUGAUAUUUGAAAAUGCCAUCCAAAUGAAGUGAUAAUUUCGAAUGUUUGUUUAAUUUUGAUGUUAAACAGGUAAUACCGAGUUAGAUUGGCACAGGGAGAAUCACAAAUAUCUUUGAUUGGCUGAGCACUAAUAAACCAAGCAUUGGGUAAUUAGCUUUCGGAAUACCUGUCAAAGGAUAUUUAUAAAAUGCCAAUUCAUUAGUAAAUCUGAAAUAGUUGGGAUGAAGUAAUUCUGAUCUCUGUGAAAUGACACCAACAGCAAACAGAAACAAAUUGCAUCAAUUGAAUAAGGUUUCUUUCUCCACAAAAGAAUGACAUUUUGUGCAACUAUUUUACAUCUGUACUAAUAUAUUUUCAAGCCUAGUCUUGGACUCCAUGGAUUAUAUGUGACAGUUAAUGUUGGUGUUACAAUUAGAUAUGUUUGUGAUUGCAAUGAAAAGCAAUUUUAAGACAUUGCAAUAUGUGAAUUGUGCAAUUUAUGCACCACCUAUCAUCUAUCGCAGCGACUUCACAUUGCCUGUCGUUGCAUUAACAGUUCUAAACUAUCAAAGACAUUUUUAGAUUCAUUCCAAGAUUUUGAAUAAUUAUACGACUUGGAGAAUAUAUGUCUGAAAUAUGCCUUAUGAUGAAACAGUAGAUGAUCCUUAUUGACAGGCUACACUUCCAGAGGCUUUCAUCUGAAUAUUAUACCUUAUCUUAACAGCUGAACGACAGUACAGAUAUAAUGGGAUAAUGUUAAAACAAAGGAAUGGAGGACUUGUAUAAAGCUCAGAUAAGUUGCAAUAAGGUAUUUGCACUAAAUUUAUACAAAUGCAACUUAACUGGGCUGGUAGUAGAGUAUCUGCUAGGAUUGGGAGUUUGAAAAACUCAGCUAUCAAUCAUUAUCAAAAGAUUAUUUCUUUAAAUGAUCAUACUUAAUGUGUCUCUAAGGUCUGUAUGUAGCAUCCUGUUGGCGUAAAGUUUCAUUUCUGGGAGGAAGUACACUCUGCAACACACUGGAUGUUAAAAAUCAGUCAUUUUGAAUCCCCAGCUGUGGGUGCAGGAAAUUAAUAAAAUUUAAAAUUAUUUUGUAAAAAUAUGCAAAGCUGUGUAUGCUGCAGCUUGUAGUUAUUUACUGGUAAUUACGCAUAGCAUGUUGUUUUCAACUGCUAAAAGGCUUCUAAUGAUUUGUAAUUAUUUUGUGAAUUUGUUUGUCAUGAGUUACGUUGUGUUGAGUCUAGGUAUGUGCACAUUAUCUUGAUGGAUUAGCUGAAUUGACCUCUGUGUUAAAUAUGACAACUGAGCACCACCUCAGUCGGUACCUGAAGCACACUGAGAGUGGAACUGUGCUGUUUGAUAAUAUUGUGUAUACCUUUUUAGGUGAUAGUCUGCCUAUGUUUUAUAUAUUCACUAAUAUAUAAGCAGGAAAGUGUAGGAGGGUUGGUCAUUUACCAUAAGGCGUUGACUGGCUUAGACAGUACACCUUAUGAGAUUGCCACUGGACUUGGUGGUAGAGAAGGCAUUUAAAUGUUCUAAGCAAAAUGGGGGACCUGAAGAACUGUUGCCAUUGAUAUAUUGACGAGACCCUAAAAUGUGCAGUUAAAAAUACAUGCCCCUCCAUUUUAAAUCAAAUGAGUAGAUUGUGGGAACUCAAUGUUCAUUGACGUUCACUAUAAUGCCCAAUUUAGGACAUGAGAGAAAAGCUGUCAGUCUCCAUUUUGAAUGCUGGUCCAUCAUUUAAGGGAAUUCACUAUUGCUGAGUUCAAAGUUGCUAAAGUUCUGAAAGGUUUGGCAUUCUGCACUCCAUACUAUGGCAUUCUUGAGUACUAGGCUUCAGUCACUGCAUUACCUUGUUCUUAUUGCAGCAACUUAAAAGUACUUUUUUAAUCUUGGUGUACCUUCUAUGUUGAUCAUAAGCCUACAAUUGGAAUUUGUUAGAGUUUUGAAUAGUCAAUGUGUUUAAGAAAGACCGAAGUAAGAUAUUCAAUAUUGCGCUAAUUUUGAAGAAGAGAGCACAAAAUCUAAAUGAUAGAAGCAGUUGCACGCAAACAAAAUUCUUGUUACUGCUGUGAUACUUGAACAUACUGUAAUAUUUGGACGGAAUGUUUACUUUUUUGCAAAAAGUCCUUGUAUGUGUUCUGAAUUUGUCAUAUAAAAAAACAAGGGUAGCCCAUCUGUAAAUGACUAACUUUAUUUAUGAACAAUAUAAUUAUUAAUGUACCUGUCACAUCAGAUUCUGUACAGUGUGAUGUGAGAGAAACCCAGUGCAUAAAAGCCAAUACAUUCUCAAUUUCUUCUUCUGUUUCCAUUCUAAAAUCUAUCUUAGCAAAUGAGAGUUCUUUCAAAAAAAUAGAAUUACAGGUUUUAUUUAUUCAAAUAACAGCUACUUACAAUGAGACCAUUGUUCCAAGAUUUUGAUUUGAGGUGUAAACAAUUGAAAUAAUGCUGUUUAAAUUUAGUAUGCUAGAUUAUGAAUUUAAGAUUAACAGAUGGACAGUUUUAUUUGAUUUUCCUCUUUUGGAAAACCAACUCUUUUCCUGACUUAGCUGAUUUUUAAAUAAGCCCCAAUAUCUGUGCCUCAAACAUACAGCCAUUGACUGCUCUCUUUAAAUUCUUCAUAACCCCAUCACUUCCCUUGGGUGUAUCUGGAUAUCUCUCUUUGAGGUUUAUUUACGUGGCCUAUAUAGCUGUAUUGUAUAUAUCCUAAGACCAUGUCUGGGACAUAUUUUGAAGCUGAAUGUCACCAGCUCUUUGUUCUGAGUUGGGAGAUCAGUCUUUUUUUCCCUUCUGGAUUGCUGUAUUAAGUUGUGCCAAAUAGGAAAGGUAAAUGCUCAACUGUGAAAUGGGGUUUUCAACUGAAUAAACUCGACAACAUAACCCAGAACAAGUUCAGCGCUCUACAGCUUUCUGGACUCAACGUUGAGUUCAACAGCCUUCAAUUACAUUUGAUUCCAUUUUGUUCUUUUUGUUUAAUCCUCCAAUUUUUGUUUUGCAGGGUUUGUCUUGCCUAGUUUCUUUUUUCAUUCCUACAAUAUACAUUUCAGAAGGUUUUUAUAUCUUAAAAAAAGGUCAUGCUUCGUGUAAUGUAAUACUUACACCCAAGUCUUCCUGACAAGGGUGUUGUUUGGCCAUCCCACAUUGCAGACUGUUGGACAGUUUCACCCAGAGUACUAUUAGUCAUGAUUUUGAUGCAACAAUGGUAAUGGAAUAUUUUAUAUCUAAAACUAUGUAUUUAUUUCUGCAUUCCUGUUUUGGGUUGGCAUUUGCUCAUCUUUAUAGGAAACUGGGAGACAGCUCACAUAACAUUAAAAAUCCUUUCUUUGUCAUAUUUAAUUCAUAGUAAUCACAAUUAAAAAUGAAAUCUCCACCAGAGGAAACAAUGGUUGUAUUGGUUGGUAGUAGCUUUUACAGCAACAGGAAAACAGAAUUUAUUCGUUAGGCAGAUUGACAAUGAUGAUUUGAAGACUCAAAGAGGAAGACCAUGUUGGAAAUUUAAUCAGAGUCAAUUGUUCACUCAAAGUAUUGCAGAUUAAAUAAAUUUUCUGCUGAGCAGUUUCUAUUUCAUGAAUGAUCGUAACAAUAGGCUGUGUGAUGUAGUUAUUGUAAUAAUUUUGUUUCACCUAUGCAGAUGGUUCCUUAGUAACCAAACUACCACCAAUGAACAGGAGACCUACCUUAAAUAAUUAAAAGGGAUGAGAAAUUACAACUGUUGAAAUAAUGACAGAAGUGCUUUCAUUUCUGCUCCUUUUUGAACAAGUCCUAUGUCACCUUAAUUGUGAGCACAUUUUUGGAUUGUUUAUUGAGUGUGAAAAUGAAUAAGAAUAUUUCUUCAUAUCCCAUGUCAUUAGCAGAUGUCUUGGAAAUUAUUGAAUGUGUCAGUGUCGCUUAUGAUUAUAUUUAUUUAUU